UCGCGACCAGUUGCCUUCGUUCUGGCCCCAGCUCCGUUCGUCUCAUUCGCAGCGAGUCCUUCGAUCGAUCCACCGCUCAUUGACCUCAACUAACCGUUUUUAAUAGCCAAAAAAAAAUGCUCAUAUUUUGAGUGAUUUACUGGCCGAUUUGCAUAGUUUUUUUGGCUGAAAAAUGUUUAUAAUUUUGGAUAUGGAUAUAAACCAGAAGAGCGUUAUGCUCCAGAGGCGAUGAUCUAUAUGGGUGCUGUGUGUGUGUGCUUGUUGUGACUUUGACUGCUGUUUAAUUGUGCGCUGGCAUUUAAAUAAAAAUAAGUGCGUCUAAAUGUGAAAACAAAAGGCUGCCAUUAUAUAUAACUUUGGAAGACAGCACUCCGAUUGUUCUCAGUUAGUAAUAAAUCCAUUUCAAGCACCAUUUCGUGUUAUCUCGAGUGCCGUUCCAUAAGGAAGAACUUAGGCAACGAACUAAAAGUAAUCAUAAAAUUAAUACUAAAAAAAAAAAACAAAAAGAAAAGUAAAGGAAAAGCAAGUACGCUGGAGUGGGCCGCAACAAAUGACUCGUAAUGCAAUAUCUGGGCAAUUAAUUAGUGCAUAAACAGUUAAAUUAACUGGCGUAAAAGCUACUACUUGGAGCUACAUACAGCGGCUACUGCCUUGGUUUUCCACUGCUCCUCCCUGGCAAAAGAAAUCGUACACCAGGUUUUCCUGCCCCGAUUUUCGCGAAAAUGUAACUGCCAGACAGAGGCCUGAAACCGCUGCCACAAAUUAUGACGCAAAGUACGAAAAUCGGUCUGCCAGCUGAGGAAUAAUAUAUUUGCAAUUUAUGCAACAUUCGCGUCGCAUGGUUGUUGCAGCAACAAAGAGCGAUUAGUGUACUCGAAGGCAUCGUAAUCUAAAGCUUAUAAUCGUUCCCAAAAAGCCCUCAUUAACGCAUCGUUAUGGCCCAGGCAAUUGGCUCCAAUCAGGGUUGUCUCCAACGAUGUCUGGCUUUAAUUGUUUUGACCACCUUGUGGCAGCUAAUCGACUCUUCAGCCCACUCCCCCCAGUCUGUCAACAUCGAGCUGAGACGCAAGAGGAGCUUGCAGUGGAAUGGCAUUGAGCUGGACGAGAGUUCUCUGCUGGAGCAUCUGGUGGAGCACGAGAAGGCGCUGAUCUUUGGCUCACGAUUCGGAAAAGAGGCACCCGAAUUCAAACUCGUACACGUGGCACAGGGGGAGGUGAUCCAUAGUCCAGAGGACGAGGCGGUGGAGCAGCCAAGACGUCAGCGACGCAGCUUGAGAGCCCAAGAUGACGUCCAGCAGGAGAUGGCCACUACCGAGGGGGUGGAAACGGAGGCAGAGGCGGAGGCCGAGGUGGAGGCGAGGCUGCAGCUCCAACAGUCGCCGCAGCUGAUCGACGAUGCCUUCAUCUUUAUUCGCCGCACCGAAAAUGGAACGCAGUUUGUGGAGCAUUCUCCACAGCUGCUGAAGCGCCUGGAGCGAUGCUUCUACCGGAGUCCAGCGGCUGCUCUCGAUCUCUGCGAGAAAGGCAGUGUGCGGGGCGUUUUCCAGCAGAACGACAGCGACUUUGUGAUCCACCCGCUACCCGCCAGAUUUGGUGGUGGGACUCAUGUGCUCUACCAGGCCCGAGUGGACAAGAACAACUACAGUGGAGCCUCGGAACCGCCCCGCUGA